AUGGCAUCGAACAGUGAACAGACAUCCUCACAACAGCAAAUCUUGUCAGAUCAUAUUCAAAAAAGCAGUUCCACACGUCUAUCUGAUACCGAUAAUACCUCUCUUUCGAAUACGAAUCGAACUAUGAGUGACGAAAAUCGUGAUCCAUCAUCAUUAUCAUCACCUUUACCAAACAAAAUACGACCAAAGCCCGUCGAUGCACGUUCAGCUGCUGCUGCGGCUUCGUCAUUAGUCUCAUCCCUAGACAGUCCUAAAUCGGCAACAAUUACAAAUGUUUCACAGCGAUUACCGUCGACAUCGGUGGAAGUGUCUGUUGGCGAAAUUCUAUCAACAGAUGACAAACGAGCGUCGGUUAGUAUUCGUGAGCAACAGCAACGCUAUUCGACAUCAUCAUGUUCAUCGUCUGAACUCGGUGAUAUCAACGAAAAUUCCUUAUUGCAAGCUGCAAAUAAGAUGGAUCUAGGUGAAGCAACACGUGAAUUAACUCGAUUAUUACACAUAGGAAAUGAGAAUGCAAUAAAUGAAGUUUCUUUAAAUCCUGAGGCACCUGAUUUCACUCCGAUCGAUUUUUCUCCCACCUAUCGUUCUGAAUUAGCGCCAGCUCAUUUACAUCGACGUGCAACACAAGUUGAUUACUACAAUAAUCGUUAUUCCCGUUCACGUUAUUAUUCCGAAUCUUAUCAACAGUCUGCUCCAACAAGUUCUUCUACAAUACGACCACUACUUUCACUUGUUCCACAGUACGUUCCUCAUCACCGUCAAUCAUGGAGUACAAACAGCCCACAAUCGGCAACAUCCAAUAGCUGGUGGCAGCAAGAUCCGAGUAAUGCAUCCAGUACAGCGUCAUCCUAUCAUUCCAAACCAGCGUAUCCUCUCUAUUCGCCAUUGAUGCCGCCGUUGACAGAUGACAGUCUUUAUCCAAAUCGACAUUCAUCGAAACGACAGCGAGUUCAUUCGAGUCGUGCAUUUGUAUUUCCGAAUCAAUCAGCAACGACUCGAAAACGUUCCCAUUCAGGUCCUGACACACCUCUUCAACCUCCACCUACACAUCUCAAUGGUAUUCAUUCGUUGACAAAGAUCAUGAUCGAUAUUUUACGAGCAAUUGACCCAUUGCCAAGCAAAAACGAACAACAAAUACCAUCAUCGAAAAGUGAAUCUGUAUCGUCAUCAUCGCAUUCGCAACGAAAAUACCGUCGACCAUCGAAUAACUCUUAUCAACGUCAUCAACAACAAAGAACGGAUUCGUUUGAAGUCGAAGAUGUUUUCGUCGACGAAGAAAUUGCCACUAUCACUGGUACAAUUCAAAAAACAAAAGAUUCAAACGACGAACGGAAGCCACCAUCACCACCACCACUACUACAUAGUUCAACUGAUAUUGAUAUGAACAAUAUCAAUCCUUGUCAACCAACACAUUCUAAUGUCGAUGAAUCAAUUUCAAAGGUGAACACCAAUGUUGAUUCAUCAACACCUACGACAGAUGCAGCAACCAAUUGA